UCCGCGCACUCGCUCCCGGCCCAUGCUGGAGGCGGCGGAACCGCCGGGACCCAGGACAGAGGCGGCGGGCGCUGGGCGGCCCUCGGCACGCUGAGCUCGGGAUGCGGACGCUGCUGCCGCCCGCGCUGCUGACCUGCUGGCUGCUCGCCCCCGUGAACAGCAUUCACCCAGAAUGCCGAUUUCAUCUGGAAAUACAGGAGGAAGAAACAAAAUGUGCAGAGCUUCUGAGGUCUCAAACAGAAAAACACAAAGCCUGCAGUGGCGUCUGGGACAACAUCACAUGCUGGCGGCCUGCCAACGUGGGAGAGACCGUCACAGUGCCCUGCCCAAAAGUCUUCAGCAAUUUUUACAGCAAAGCAGGAAACAUAAGCAAAAACUGUACGAGUGACGGAUGGUCGGAGACAUUCCCAGAUUUCGUCGAUGCCUGUGGCUACAGCGACCCGGAGGAUGAGAGCAAGAUCACGUUUUAUAUUCUGGUGAAGGCCAUUUAUACCCUGGGCUACAGUGUCUCUCUGAUGUCUCUUGCAACAGGAAGCAUAAUUCUGUGCCUCUUCAGGAAGCUGCACUGCACCAGGAAUUACAUCCACCUGAACCUGUUCCUGUCCUUCAUCCUGAGAGCCAUCUCAGUUCUGGUCAAGGAUGACGUUCUCUACUCCAGCUCGGGCACGUUGCACUGCCCCGACCAGCCAUCCUCCUGGGUGGGCUGCAAGCUGAGCCUGGUCUUCCUGCAGUACUGCAUCAUGGCCAACUUCUUCUGGCUGCUGGUGGAGGGGCUCUACCUCCACACCCUCCUGGUGGCCAUGCUCCCCCCCAGAAGGUGCUUCCUGGCCUACCUCCUGAUCGGAUGGGGCCUCCCCACCGUCUGCAUCGGUGCGUGGACUGCGGCCAGGCUCUACUUAGAAGACACCGGUUGCUGGGAUACAAACGACCACAGUGUGCCCUGGUGGGUCAUACGAAUACCGAUUUUAAUUUCCAUCAUUGUCAAUUUUGUCCUUUUCAUUAGUAUUAUACGAAUUUUGCUGCAGAAGUUAACAUCCCCAGAUGUCGGCGGCAACGACCAGUCUCAGUACAAGAGGCUGGCCAAGUCCACACUCCUGCUCAUCCCGCUGUUCGGCGUCCACUACAUGGUGUUUGCCGUGUUUCCCAUCAGCAUCUCCUCCAAAUACCAGAUACUGUUUGAACUGUGCCUGGGGUCGUUCCAGGGCCUGGUGGUGGCCAUCCUCUAUUGUUUCCUGAACAGUGAGGUGCAGUGCGAGCUGAAGCGAAAAUGGCGAAGCCGGUGCCCGACCCCGUCCACGAGCCGGGAUUACAGGGUCUGCGGUUCCUCCUUCUCCCGCAACGGCUCGGAGGGCGCCCUGCAGUUGCAUCGCGGCUCCCGCGCGCAGUCCUUCCUGCAGACGGAGACCUCGGUCAUCUAGCCCCACCCCUGCCUGUCGGACGCUGCGGGAGGCGCACGGUGCGGGACUUCUGCGGGGCUGAGACGCCGGCUUCCUCCUUCCAGAAGCCCGGGCACCGUGUCGGGCAGGUCAGCGCGGUCCUGACUCCGUCAAGCUGGUUGUCCACUAAACCCCAUACCUGGAAUUGGGGUCGUGUUGUCAUUGACUCGGUUUAAACUCCAGCAUUUAGAUAAUCUUGUUCAAAAUGUGUUUCAGCCGUAUAGUGGGUCCACUUUUUUUUUUGAGACGGAGUCUCACUCUGUCGCCCAGGCUGGAGUGCAGUGGCCCGAUCUCUGCUCCCUGCAAGCUCCGCCUCCCGGGUUCACGCCAUUCUCCUGCCUCAGCCUCCCAUAGCUGGGACUACAGGCGCCCGCCAACACGCCCGGCUAAUUUUUUGUAUUUUUAAUAGAGACAGGGUUUCACCAUGUUAGCCAGGAUGGUCUCGAUUUCCUGACCUGGUGAUGGGCCCGCCUCGGCCUCCCAAAGUGCUGGGAUUAAAGGCGUGAGCCACUGGGCCCGGCCCAAGAGAAUAGGGGAGCCAAGGAGCAAGUGUGGAAACGCAGUUGUGUGGCCCAGCAUGAGCCUGGGCGACCACCGGGUGACAUCCGUCCCACAUCAGGGCGGCCUCCCAGGUCCCAUAAGGGCAGCCCCCCUCAUCUGCAGGACACAGGGAAGCCAGUCAGGGCCCCCCUGAUGUUAGGACCAGGAGAAAUCAACAGGAGGGCAGCCCGUCCUCUCUCCUGGGGCGCCCACCGGGCCCGCCCGAGCCCUGCCCCACCCAACUCCACAGGGCUGUUCUGCCUCCCCACGGAAGGCAGGCUGAGGAGACAACCAGAUCAGGAGAGCAAGGCCAUGAAGGAGGGGGCCUCUCCCCACAGGUGUUCCGUGGGACCCUCAGCAGCUCUGGCUCCGGAGGCCUCAGGAGGUCACCUGCCACCCUGUGGGAGCCGCAGAACCCGACGCUCAGCCCCAGGCUAGCUGCGGCCAGACCUGCAGGCCCCUGGUGGUGGGGUUACUUGGGGUGCGGGAUACAGCUGAGUGGGAACCGGAAACCUAUUCUUUUUAACAAAAAUAAUCGUAGGGUAAGAAUUAUUUUAACAACAUAUAAAACUGUUUCAAGCUCUCCUCCCCAGAGGUGGCGCUCAGCAGCCCUAGCGGCUGCUCCUUCAGGCGAAGGGUUAUCUGCAGAUGUGGGGAGGGUGUCUGGAGAUGUUGCUGAGCCGGCUGCAGAAGGGUGGGGAUAUCAGGGUGCAGUCUCCAUGCGUGUGCCAAGCCCUGGUCCCCACAGCGCUCGAUGGACCUCAGCAGGCUGCCCAGCCCUGGCCCAGAUGCCCCGACCGCAAGACUCAGUUGUUCUGAACGCAUUUGACUCCGCUUUUCCCUUAAAAAUGAAUGCCUUGUUCCUGUGCAUUGGUGGCGUCACAGACCCCAGCUGGAGCGCAAUGCCAGAGGUUGGGACAGCCGUGCCGGGAGGCAGCCACAGGGAAGCUCACACAUCCUGUCAGCAUCACCUUGGUUUGCAAAACCCACAUCCCCAGUAAAAUGAGGCCGGACAGAGGGGCUGUUAAGACAGCAAAGCAGCAGUGUCCAGAGACCCCUCAAUCCCCAAAGGUCCACACCCUGUCCUGCACGCCCUGGGCCAUGCCGGCCACACCCCUCUGCUGCAACAAGCUCAUCCCUGGACUUCUGGGAGAAUGAACCCGAGGUUGGUUUGGGCAGACAGGUGAGGCAGUCAGAGGAUCUACAGAACAACUCACCCACCAUUUCUGGGGGCCGCAGAGCCUCCAUCACAGACUAAUGUUGGGGAGCACACAGCCUAGGCCAGGUGCCCAGGAAAGGACGGCUGAGCGUGUGGAGCGAGAGGGAGGCAGGUGGACGCUGCAGACCCCAGGUUCAGUGCCGCCCCUCGGCUGCUCCUCCCCUGUAGGGUUUGGACAGACCCACCCCCAGCCUUGCCCAGCUUUCAAAGGACAAAAGGGAGCAUCCCCCACCCACUCUCAGGGUUUUGAGAAAACAAAGAUUUGUGGUAACUGAAGGUGUUGGGUAAGUGGCCAGGUGCGGACACUGAGCUGUGACCCAGAGGGGACACUGAGGAAGUGGGCAUGAAUGGUCGUGUCAGGCAGUUACCAGGCACUGGUUGUUGAUGGUCGAUGGUUGGGUGUGGGUGGUCAUCAGUCAUCAGGUGUGCUCAGGGGACACUUUCCCCUCAACCGCACAUGUGCCACUGUUCAGCGGAGCCGAGGACUGGUUCCUCCUGGUAGAGGGGCAAGCUGCCGGCUGUUUCCUGACAGAUGCCUGGUGAGCAGGAGAUGCAGGACCCAGUGGUCAGCAGGUAUCUUUAACUGUUAUUGUGUGGAAUGUCACAGACUCCUCCACGUGGCGGCAAUGAGCUGUGUAAAUACUUUAAUAAAACCUGACUUCACAUCUGCA